UUGAAGAACAUUCAAAUGCAAGCGAAAUCAUUGAUGCUGAGGAUUCAAUGUCUAAUAUAUCUGAUGUAACAAUUAUGUUAGAACCAAUUGAGCAUGCUACAAAAUUAUUGUCUGCUUCUUCAUAUUGUACACAUGGUGAUGUUAGGUUUUGUUUCUUGAGUAUCUUAGAAGACUUGGAAACUCAUUAUAAUAAUGACAACUUUACUCAACCUAUGAUUGCAAAUAGCAUUCAUCACAAAUUAGAAGAAUAUUGGCCAUUUUUAGAUACCAGCUCACAAAUUUCUUCAAUAUUGGAUCCCCAUUGUAAAUUAUCAGCAUUUAAAGAAGGAGAGAGGGAGGAUGUAAAAAAUCUAAUUUUGCAAUUGUCUUUACAUUAUGAG